AACCUAUUACAUGUGAAAAUCCAACAGCAUAAGGCUCACGAAUUUGACAAGAGUAUUUAGACUAUUAUUAUGCGGAUAAUGGAUACUAAGUAGUUAUCGCAAAGAGUUACAUAUACUGUUUGAUAUAUUGAUUUUGGAUAGUGUUUAGAGUAUUGAUAGAGACUCUACCUUAAAAAUAAAAAAGUUAAAAAAGGCAAGUAUAAACGAUAUCGAAAUGUUAGAAUUAGAAUCAGUGUCCCACAUUAUCAUGAACAAAAAUGAGCUAAAACCCUCCAAUGAACUAUUAAAGGAUCAUGAAAAGAGUUGUGUUUGUGUGUGUAGGAGGAGAAUGUAGUAGCUAAUAGCUAUGGCUGGCAUUGCACAACAAUAGUCAAGAAAAGACAAUCUUAAUUAUUAAGUCACAUGAAAUCUAUGUUAGAGUCCAAUUCUUAUAUGCCAAAGGAAAAUAAUACAUAACUAACAUUAUUUCUGUCUAAUAAUUAUAGGUUGAGAUUUCCAUCACCCAUUCAAGUAGACCAUAGCAAUCAGAGAAUCCGGCAAAGAGAAUUGAUCAAGUGGUGUGUGAGAAAUUUCCAAGAAGUGUACGGUGUGAUGCUUGGCAGAAAUUACUGUAUCAAGGUCCCACAAUGAUUAGUGAUAACUGUUAACUGAUGAUAAUGUGAUACAUAAAGUUGCUCAGUGUUAAAACAUUCCUUUGCAAAAUCAUUGUAACAAUCGGCACAAAGUCAUUGAUCCAUUGGCCCAUUCUUUCUCUUGAGAUGUUGAAUGUAUGGUUGAAAAUUGUUAUACAAAUAUAUUUUGCUUCAACAACUAUAGUCUAAAAAGACAUGAUUAAAUUGGACUGAUUUUUUGUGGGUCCCCGCAGUACCUUGUAUAUAUAUAUCUACAUAUAAAAAGACCAUAUUAGAAGUGUACUUUGCUCCAUGAUAACAAGUGAGGAUGGAGAAGCAGGUAUGCCUAAUGUCUCAAGGAUGACAACAAUAAUAUGGUACAGUUAUAACUGAAUUUGGUGGACAACCACAACAAUUCACAGGCAGAAUCACUAUAAGAUGGACUUGUGAAGAAGCACUACAUGGCAAUGUGAUAACAAUGAAUGAAAUAGGGAGGAAGAGACAUGUUAGAGAGCCACCUUGUGUUCCAUUUCUAUGGGAAGUAAGGCCAGGCAUUGCUAAGAAAGAUUGGAAGCCAGAGUUGUGUUCAUGUAGCAGCCAGUUUCCUUGUCCUGAACCUCCACUCAAACUAAUAGCCUCAGUUCCCUUUCUUUGGGAAGAAAAACCUGGAAUACCACUACCUAAUUUCUCACUUUAUUCUUCUUCACUGGAUAACAUUGUUUCCAAUGAUGAGAGUAGUGAAGCUAUUACUGGCAUGGAGCUUGAAACAUUUAGGUUUGACAUUGAUGAAUCAAUGGAGGAAAAGUCAUUGGUUGAACCUGAAGUUGAAACCACAUUGUGGGCAACUUGCUCAGAGACAGAGAGUUGCACAAGCAGCUAUGAAACAGGAAGGUCAAGUCCAACUGGUGCCACUUUCUUAGAAUGCCUAUUUCCAUUGUAUCCACCAAAAUCAGGCUUUCUUGAAAGGGAUGAGAACUUACUGUUUUCAACUCAACCAGCAGAAGUAAAGGCAGAAGAAGAUGUUGAUGAUGGAGAGUGUACUAAUGGCAGUCAGAUGAUGAUGAGGAAGGUGCCAACACUUGGAGAACUAAUCAUGAUGAGUAGAAGAAGAAGCUGCAGAAGGAAAGCACUUCACAUGAACUGGGAUCAUAAUCCACCUAAGGAAAUGAGAAGAAAGGAAGAUUUUGGAUGCUUCAACAUAGUUGAGGGACUAUUCAAGAGAAGCUACUUGCCGAGAAUGAAACUAGUCAAGGCAAGGCAGGCGACGAUGAUAAUAGAGCCAAAGCUCACAAUAUAAUUUCUAUUUUAAUACUUAAAUACACGUUUUGGGUUUCAGUUUGUGGAGUGUGGAGUGUCGAACAAUUAACUUGAACAACCACUUUAUUACAAUUUUAACUAAGAAAUAAAACAUUAAACCAAAUUGGUAGGGCGGGCCAGGCCUAGAAGCAAGCUCCUAUGGUGACCUCUCCCCCUUGAAAAAUAAAGUUAAUAUCAUUAUAGACUAUUGACCUACAUAUCAGAUAUUAAGCUGAGCAGAACAUAU